UUCAUCGAACUAUCGCUUUUAACCGGCAAAUUCUGCAUUUGCCAUUGGCUUCAUCCAGAUUUAAUUGUACUUCAUUUCAUUUAAUAUCUCAACUUAAUGUAAUGUCGGAGACUAGUGGACCCGCAGUGCGCAUGCCUUGGGUGGAGAAGUACAGACCAAGCGGACUGGACGAUUUGAUAUCUCACGAGGAAAUAAUAUCAACGAUAACACGCUUUAUAAGCCGCAAGCAACUGCCCCAUUUGCUGUUUUACGGACCACCUGGCACGGGAAAAACAAGCACAAUCCUGGCAUGCGCUCGCCAACUGUAUUCUCCUCAGCAGUUCAAGUCCAUGGUUCUGGAGUUGAAUGCCUCGGAUGACCGAGGAAUUGGGAUUGUGCGCGGCCAAAUCCUUAACUUCGCGUCCACACGCACCAUUUUCUGCGACACCUUCAAAUUGAUCAUUUUGGACGAGGCGGAUGCCAUGACCAACGAUGCCCAGAAUGCCCUGCGCCGCAUCAUUGAGAAAUAUACAGACAACGUGCGGUUCUGUGUGAUUUGCAAUUAUUUGAGCAAAAUCAUUCCGGCCCUGCAGUCGCGUUGCACUCGUUUCCGGUUCGCUCCAUUAUCCCAGGAUCAGAUGAUGCCCCGACUUGAAAAAAUCAUUGAGGCCGAAGCCGUUCAGAUAACUGACGACGGAAAGCGGGCACUACUAACUCUUGCCAAAGGUGAUAUGAGAAAAGUCUUGAACGUCCUGCAGAGUACCGUGAUGGCAUUUGAUACGGUCAACGAGGACAACGUCUACAUGUGCGUGGGCUAUCCGUUGAGGCAGGAUAUCGAACAGAUAUUAAAGGCCUUGCUAUCUGGCAAUAGCUUGGAGGACUCCUUUAAAACUGUCGAAAGUGCCAAGUACGCUAGAGGUCUCGCUUUGGAGGACAUUAUAACAGAAUUGCAUUUGUUUGUUAUGAGACUUGAGCUGCCCAUGUCAGUCAUGAAUAAGCUUAUUGUAAAGCUAGCACAGAUCGAAGAAAGAUUGGCCAAAGGAUGUACAGAAGUUGCUCAAACGGCAGCAUUAGUGGCGGCGUUCUUUAUUUGCCGGGAUAUGGUUUCAAUGGAGAAGUAAAACAAUGUAUAUUCCAAAAGUAGGGUAGAAUUUAAUUAUAAAAACAAUAACCUAAAAAAUGUACACAAUUUAUUUACUGCAUGCUUCUCUAGGUGAACAAUCAUUAAAACUUUUUAUAAGUGUUUCACAGGUAGAAAAUGUAA